UAACUUUCGAGGGCAAGCUCAAAAUUGAGACGAGUACAAAGCGUUCGAUCACUACCGGUGCAAAAUUCAAACCAGGCGCUGAUCAUAUCGAGAUAGAGUUCCACUGGAGCGCGGAGAUGGCAACACCGAAGCUGUCCGCUGUCUCGACGGUGCGGCCGGACGAUAAGCAGCGCGCGGCCUCGUCGUCGGCGGCGGCGGUGUCGGUUGCGCCUCUGAUCAGGGUGCAGGACGACACGGCGAUCGAGGAGUACGAGCAGUACCUGCGGCUUCCGGAGCUUGCGAGGCUGUGGAAGGAUAGGUGCUGUCCGGAAUGGGCGGACGAGGGCCUGGUCAAGCCGGCGCUGCAGGCGCUGGAGAUCACCUUCCGCUUCGUGUCCGUGGCGCUCUCCGACCCGCGGGGCUACGCCAGCCGCCGCGAGCUCGCGCGGCGGCUCGAGGCGCUCGCGGCAAGGGAGGUGGAGCUGGUGGCCACGCUCUGCGAGGGCGAGCGGUGCGCGCCGCUGGCCGAGCUGAGCGCGUCCGAGGGCGUGCUCCCGCGGGAGCGGAGCGCGUCUGAGGUGUGGCAGCUUCCCGGUAGCGCCACCGCGGUGGUGUGCCAGGUCAGCGAGGCCAGCCUGCUCCCGCGCCUCGCUGCGUGGGACAAGUCCGAGACCGUCGCGGCCAAGAUCAAGUACGCCAUCGAGAGCCAGAUGCAGGGCUGUGUGUUCACCCUAGGCCUCGGCGAGCCCAACCUCGCCGGCAAGCCGGUGCUUGAGUACGACCGCGUGGUGAAGCCGCACGAGCUGCACGCCCUCAAGGCGAAGGCCACGCCGGAGGCCAAGACCGGCUACCGCAACAGGGAGAACGAGGCGGUGUGCACCAUCCACCAGAUACUGGAGUCCUGGUUGUGCGCGGCCUCACAACUUAUCACCCGCCUAAACGAGCGAAUUGAAGCAAGAAACUGGGAGGCCGCGGCGAGCGACUGCUGGAUCCUGGAACGCGUCUGGAAGCUGCUCGCCGAUGUCGAGGACCUGCACCUGCUGAUGGAUCCGGACGACUUCCUGCGGCUCAAGAGCCAGCUCGCGAUACGGGCGGCACCGGGCUCCGACGCGUCCUUCUGCUUCCGCUCCAGGGCGCUGCUGCACGUUGCUAACGCCACGAGGGACAUCAAGAAGCGUGUGCCGUGGGUGCUCGGCGUAGAGGUGGAUCCCAACGGCGGGCCGAGGGUGCAGGAGGCGGCCAUGAAGCUGUUCCACAGCCGGCGGCGCGGCGAGGGCGAGGAGGCCGGCAAGUUGGAGCUGCUGCAGGCAUUUCAGGCCGUGGAGGCGGCGGUGAGGAGGUUCUUCUUCGCGUACCGGCAGCUCGUCGCGGCAGUGAUGGGCACCGCGGAGUCUUCAACCAACCGGGCGCUGUUCUUGCCGGAGGAGGAGAUGGAUCCCCUGGCGCAGAUGUUCCUCGAGCCUCCCUACUUCCCCAGCCUCGACGCUGCUAAGACAUUCUUGGCUGACUACUGGGUACGGCGCAUGGCCGGUGAUUCUGCUUCGUCAAGGCGAAGCUGAGGAGGGGAAAUGGGGGCGGAUGGAUGCCGCCAAACCCUGAAUUUUGCAGUUUCCGAGCUUGAAGAUAACAUACAUGCGUAUCGCGCUGUUAGUAUGAAAAUUUAUUUCUGUAGUUCGAGCAAAUGUUUUACUGGUGAGCAUUUUGAUUUAUAUCUGAUUAGAUGUUAACUGGAAAAAAAAGAAGUAGAUAGUAUAUUUCAAUUGGAGUACUGAUGUAUAUAUCUAUCUGUAAAUACAAGUUUCAACGGAUCAUGUAUUUGAUCGGAUAGUGUUGAUGUCCUACUGAUUGUCUCAAAAGAAAUAUUCUUGACCUAAUCA